GUGACCUUCAUCAACCGAUGACUAUUUUCAACUAACCACAAAGACAUUGGCACUCUUUAUCUUAUUUUUGGUACAUGAGCAGGCAUAGCCGGUACAGCACUUAGCUUGUUAAUCCGCGCAGAACUAGGACAACCAGGCACCCUCCUAGGAGAUGACCAAAUUUACAAUGUAAUUGUCACAGCACAUGCCUUCGUCAUAAUCUUCUUUAUAGUCAUACCAAUUAUAAUUGGAGGCUUCGGAAAUUGACUCGUCCCACUUAUAAUCGGAGCCCCAGACAUAGCAUUCCCACGUAUGAAUAACAUAAGCUUCUGACUCCUCCCACCCUCCUUCCUGCUGCUACUAGCUUCUUCCACCGUUGAAGCUGGUGCCGGUACAGGAUGAACUGUCUACCCGCCCCUAGCCGGCAACCUCGCCCACGCCGGAGCAUCAGUAGAUCUAGCCAUCUUCUCCCUACAUUUAGCAGGUGUAUCAUCAAUCCUAGGAGCCAUCAACUUUAUCACCACUAUUAUCAAUAUAAAACCCCCUGCACUGUCACAAUACCAAACACCCCUAUUUGUUUGAUCAGUCCUCAUCACCGCUAUCUUACUCCUACUCUCCCUCCCAGUCCUAGCUGCUGGCAUUACUAUACUUCUAACUGAUCGAAACCUCAACACUACAUUCUUUGACCCUGCAGGAGGAGGAGACCCCAUCCUGUAUCAACACUUAUUUUGAUUCUUUGGACACCCAGAAGUCUACAUCCUCAUCCUCCCAGGCUUCGGAAUCAUCUCCCACGUAGUAGCCUACUACGCAGGGAAAAAAGAACCAUUCGGCUAUAUAGGAAUAGUGUGAGCAAUAUUAUCAAUCGGAUUCCUAGGAUUCAUCGUAUGAGCCCACCAUAUAUUCACAGUAGGAAUAGACGUAGAUACACGAGCCUACUUUACAUCAGCUACAAUAAUCAUUGCCAUCCCAACCGGUAUCAAAGUUUUCAGCUGACUAGCAACCCUACACGGAGGAACAAUCAAAUGAGAUCCGCCCAUACUAUGAGCCCUCGGAUUCAUCUUCCUAUUCACCAUCGGAGGACUAACAGGGAUCGUUCUUGCCAAUUCAUCACUUGACAUCGCCCUCCAUGACACCUAUUACGUAGUCGCCCACUUCCACUACGUCCUAUCCAUAGGAGCAGUCUUUGCUAUUUUAGCAGGAUUCACCCACUGAUUCCCACUAUUCACAGGCUUCACCCUUCAUCCUACAUGAACUAAGGCACACUUUGGAGUAAUGUUCACAGGAGUCAACCUAACCUUCUUCCCACAGCACUUCCUAGGCCUAGCUGGUAUACCCCGACGAUACUCAGACUACCCAGAUGCCUACACACUUUGAAACACACUAUCCUCAAUCGGCUCCUUAAUCUCAAUAACAGCCGUAAUCAUACUAAUGUUUAUUGUAUGAGAAGCCUUCUCAGCAAAACGUAAAGUUCUUCAGCCAGAAUUAACUGCUACCAACAUCGAAUGAAUCCACGGCUGCCCACCCCCAUACCACACCUUCGAAGAACCUGCCUUCGUCCAAGUACAAGAAAGG